GCCACUUUUCAUAACCAUUCACGCUUCCUUUAUUCUCCUUCUUCUCAAAACUUCAUUCUCACACAAAAAUCUUCAACUUUAAACCAUGAAGAUCCAAUGUGACGUCUGUGACAAACACGAUGCAUCCAUCUUUUGUACCGCCGAUGAAGCCGUCCUCUGCGACGGCUGCGACCACCGCAUCCACCACGCAAACAAACUAGCCUCCAAACACCAGCGUUUCUCUCUUCUUCGACCCAGACAACACCCUCUCUGCGAUGUUUGUCAGGAGAGAAGAGCCUUCACGUUCUGUCAGCAAGACAGGGCGAUUCUAUGCAGAGAGUGUGACGUGUCGAUUCACUCUGCGAAUGAACACACCCUUAAGCAUGAUAGGUUCCUUCUCACUGGUGUUAAACUUUCUGCUUCUUCUUCAUCGCAAGAAACCCCUUCUCCUUCAAACUCCGCCCCUGAUUCUCUUUUUGACCUUUCGCAUAAAAAAACAAUACCUUUAUCUUCCACCGUCAGUGAGCUUGGUGUUGAAGCGGCAGCUUCCAUCGGCGCUAGCAGCAUAUCGGAGUAUUUGAUAGAGACUCUUCCUGGGUGGCAGGUUGAAGACUUUCUCGAUUCGUAUUCUGUUCCCUUUGGUUUCUGGAAGGUCUGCACUUUCUUCUUUUUUCUCUUCUUUCAAUUGUUGAAAUCAAUUGAUUCAUCUAUUCUCUUAGUGAUGAAGUGUUGCCACGGUUUGAUGGUGACAUGGAAAAUGGGUACCUUUUCAAUAGAGAACUCAAACGAAAACAACAUCAAAGGUAGCAAAUCGAGGUUGAAGGAUGAUAAUUUCACUUUGCCACAGAUUAGUCCUCAGUCAAAUUCCAAGAGAGGAAGGUUUAUGUGGUAAAAACAAACAAGCAUCAAUUUCCAAUCUCAUGAGCAAGAACUAACAACCUCUUUCUUUUGAUUUGGUCUUAGGUUACUCUGUCAAUGUUUUUAAUUUA